GCUGGUUUUUUUGUUGCUGUUCGCACACAACGAUCCAACGACACCGAUAUCAGCAGAGAGCAGCUGGUGAUAACCGCCAGCCAUCGAAAGUAGUUCGCAUUCAUCUGCCGCGGUCGACAGCAAGCAGCAACAGCAGCAUCACCGUUCGCCAUGACCCGCUUCACAAAGCUCCAUCGCAAGACCCAUGUGGAGGCAUCGGGGUUCAGCGUCACCCCUCUGAUUCCCGCCUCACCGCAACAGGCUCCAGCAUCCAAACCAGCAGAGUCGACGCCAUCACCAGCUGUGGUUGAUGCACCAAAGCCAGAGCCCAAGACGGCCGUCAAGCGCAAGGAGCCGCCUUCUACAGCCGACGAGAGAUCAGAUCCGCCGGCAGACACAGGCGCCGACGAGUCGACCACCGGAAAGAAAAAGAAGCGAGUUCGCCACAAGUCCAAGGCCGAGAAUCUGCAGAGCUCAGAGUCCCAGCCCGAGGGCGCUGGGGACGGACAGUCGGGCGCCAGCAGGCAGGCCAAGGCCGACAGAGGCAAGAAGAAAACGCACCAGAACCAAGACGGAAAGCAUGCCGAUAUGGUCGAAAAGCGGAAGCAGCGACGAGUCAGCGCAGCGGAGCGAAAGAUGACCUGCUUCCUGUGCCGAAGGCGGGGCCACUCGAUCAAGAACUGCCCCACAAACCAAGGUGCCGCCAGCACGAGCGACGCAUCCGCCAGCGGUCUGAUCUGCUAUCGAUGUGGCUCGACAGAACAUCGCCUUUCACAAUGCAAGAAGAUCCACAAUCCUGCGGAUCCGAUGCCGUUUGCUUCGUGUUUUGUCUGCAAAGGCCAAGGUCACUUGGCGAGUCAGUGUCCUCAGAACGACAACGGCCUGUAUCCAAACGGUGGUGGAUGUCGGUAUUGUGGCUCGGUGCGGCAUCUGGCCAAGGACUGCAAGCCUGCUGUUCAGAAAGAGGCCGGAUAUACGGCUCUGGGUAAGAUCGAUCUCGAGCAAGGUGCCGACGACGACGACGUAUUUGUGGCGCUGCAUAAGAUGAAUGCCGAUCGCAAGGACACUGUCAAGCCUGCCGGGGCCCCGGCUGCCAAACCUGCAGCCAAGAAAAAGGUUGUCACGUUCUAGCUGACAUUGGACAUUGACAGUGGAUGUUGAACAUUGGACAGUGGACGUUGGACGAACGGCCGAAUACAGUGCGCAUCCGAUGCGUUUGCCCUUGCAUUCG